AGCUACGUGGACCACGACACAGCUUUUGCUGAAGGUCUUGCAUUUUGGACUCAAAGUGGUGUUCCAGGCAUCCAGGCCGAGCAUUGGGCCGAGACUGAUGAAGGAGAGCUGAGAAGAUCCGUUCGGAUCUCCACAAAGGCGUUGUUUCAAGGCGGACUCAUCCUUGUUGAUAUGGCUCUGGUCCCUUGGGGAUGCGGUGUCUGGCCAGCAGUGUGGCUCCUUGGAUAUGAUGCACCUUGGCCGUACGCAGGAGAGAUCGAUAUCGUGGAGGGUAUUCAAGCGAUGACAAGCAAACAUACUCCAGCCGGAUGCGCACUGGACCAGACCCCUGGUCUAUUUACAGGUACCGUAGCUAAUACCAACUGCGAUUCCACCGAGGGAAAUUCCGGUUGCUCUAUUGUAUCCCCGUCGAACACAUCCUUCGGUAUGCCAUUCAAUGACCUUGGAGGUGGACUCUUCGCUUGUCUUUGGGAUAAAAGUGGGAUCAGAAUGUACAACUGGAUGAGAGCGGACAUCCCUCAAGACAUCAAAAGUGAACAGCCCAAUACAACCAGCUGGGAAACACCAGUCGCAACUUGGUCUUCGUCGACUUGCGAUCCUUAUGCGUUCUUCCAUCCGCAGCAAAUUGUCCUGAACGUAAAUCUAUGUGGCGAUUGGGCAGGGGGCAAUUAUGGUAGCUACCCCUACUGCCCUGGCACGUGUUCAUCUUACAUCACCAAUCCACAUAAUCUCAACAAUACUGUUAUGCUCAUCAACUCGAUCAAGGUUUUCCAGAUGGAGGGAGCUCCUAUAGUCACGGAGCAAGCACUGACUGCCAACAAUCAGACUGGUGCAGGAGGAUAUGUCAGAAGGCUUCCAAGCAGUGGCUACCGAACAUCUACCAGGGCGGACAUGGAGGUCAUGCUGUUUUUGAUAAGCGCUCUGAGCAUGGCUUUGGGGCCCUUGCGGACGCACUAAUGACUGAGAAAUGUUUGAGUACGUACGAGUUAUUAGGGCUCAGCACGAAGGCAAUAUGCACGACAUUAAUGAUGAUACAAGAAUUAAAAGGGUUCGUCAUUACUCGGAACAUGAUCGUCAUUUUGCUUCGACAUCAGUUCCCGUACCACCAUUGCAAUCACGCUGAGCGGCAUGAGAGCACUUCACAUGGACUAGGACUAGAGUUCUGUCAGAGGCAGCUCAUGACCGUCAGACCAGCUGGCCACUCACCCUCACAGUCAUCACAUCGCAGAGCCGGUCGCUGGCCUAGCCGUUUCUGACACACGGGACAUUUUGCAGAGGCAUUCAGACCUUUUUGCAAGAACCCAAAUGCCGAGACUGACUGGCUUUAGUCUUGGUGGUUCUGGUCCAAGAUGUAAAGUGCUCACAGGAGGAUAUCUUUUUGCCGUUCCACAAGGGA